CCCUCCCCCGCCGGGCCCGCCCCUCGUCGGGGGCCGCAGCGCGCAGUCGGCCGCCGCCACCUCAGCCGCGCUCGGUCCCGACGGACGCUCGCCGCCUGCAGCCUCCCUCCUGCCGCCUCGCGCUGACGGUCCCGCAUACCCGCCGCCGCAGCCGGCGCGCCCGAAUGUCUAUUAUGCCCACCUAUACAGGAACCCAGGAGAUGAUGAGCCAUUAAUGUAGAAUAAGAUCUGACUCUAAAGAAAGAGGCUCACUGGCCCUUUCAUCAUACUUGAGAGAUGUUGAAAAUUAAAUAUCCCCAGUUCAUCCAUGAGCUCGGAUUUCCCACAUUACAACUUCAGGAUGCCUAAUAUUGGAUUCCAGAAUCUGCCUCUCAACAUAUAUAUUGUGGUUUUUGGCACUGCUAUAUUUGUCUUCAUCCUUAGUUUACUCUUCUGUUGCUACUUGAUUAGGCUAAGACAUCAAGCACACAAAGAAUUUUAUGCCUAUAAACAGGUUAUAUUAAAAGAGAAAGUUAAAGAACUGAAUUUACAUGAGCUCUGUGCAGUGUGUCUAGAAGACUUCAAGCCUCGAGAUGAGUUGGGCAUUUGUCCAUGUAAGCAUGCCUUCCACAGAAAGUGCCUUAUUAAGUGGCUGGAGGUUCGGAAGGUGUGUCCGCUGUGCAACAUGCCAGUUCUGCAGCUGGCCCAGCUGCACAGUAAGCAGGACCGUGGACCCCCACAGGGGCCCCUCCCUGGGGCAGAGAACAUUGUAUAGGUCCCCCAAGGAUCAAACUGCUGCGGGAUCCGACGUCCAUGUGGAGCCAGGAGGAACACAAGCGGUCUCUGUGUUGGCUGCUCUACCUGGGGCACCAGCUGCCACUUCCUUUGCCUCAUGAAGAACUCGGGCCAGCUAAGCUGGAAACCCAGACUUCUGGGUCUUGUGACAACCAAAGCACGCUGCCACUACCCCAUGCCAAGAGGAGUGGAUGACAGAUGAGCCUUCCGGUUAUGUUCAAGAAAUUUCAUGAGGGUCUCUUGCUGAUGCCAUUACUCUGUCUCCCAGAUACUUAUCUCCGUAUCAAGGUGAAUCUUUAUCAAGCAGAAGGGAAGAUAA